AUGGAUCCUGGCCCCGUGGAUGCCGGGCACGUGAAAGACUUGGCCUACCUACAGCAGUGGCUGGAAGCGUUUGUCGCAAAUUUCGAGAAGAUCAUUGCGGUGCAUUCACUGGAACCGAGAAGGCCCGAGGAGUCGGUCUCCGAGAUUCCGCUGCUCCCUCGAGAUGUCGUCCACGUGCUCACCCAGCAGCUCACCUGCUGCGUGUCCCAGACCUCCCGUCAAGAGAUGGCCGAGGCUGGCCUCCACCAGGCCCUCCUGCUGGUCAAGUUCUUCAUCAUUAUUUGCAGGAAUCUAGAAAACGUCCAACCAGACCGUCCCCCAGCGUUUGUUCACGAGGUGCUCCGUUUGCUGUCUGCGUAUUCGAAGAAGCUCAAGAGCACCCGGGGGCCGAGUUUGCCUUACAGGAGCGAGCUGGAGACGGUCACCCUCUACGCCUUACACCUCUAUGAGUGCCUCUUCGAUCCGUACCAGACGUGGAGGAGGCAGCUGAGUGGGGAGAUCGUCAGCAUGAAGGAAAAGAGCAAAUACAAGUUUGCACCAGCUGUGUUGCCUCAAGAGUUCUGCGCUUUUUUCCAGGAGUGUUUUCAAGAGGACGAGCAACUCCCCGAGGCGUUGCAGCUGCGGCUGGUCCAUCUCUUCGGAGCCAUUACCUCUGGAGCCAAGCAAAACGCUCUGCUGGUGGUCACCCCUUCCUCCGUCGAGGUUCUCAUGCUGGUGCUCCGGCGCUGGUGCUCUCCGCUGAGCGGCGCCCCCAAAGACCACCGGCUGCUGCAGCUGACGCUGAAGAGCUUGGUCGGGAUGGUGCACAUCCUCCACGCCAGCAGCCCCAGCCAGCGCAAGGUGGAGAUCAGGGCCAUCCUGGACAGCUACUUCAAGGUCCUCAACUCUGACCAGCCCAUGGGCUCCCCGGAAGGUUCGCCGGGCCCUCACUGGGAGGAGAAGCUCAUUGCCCUCAGGGUGAACAUGCUGGAUGCCCUCUACUUGAGUGGGGAGUGCAAAGCCUCUGGGAGCGAUCUCGCCCUGCGGCUGUUGACCGAGAUGGAUAUCCAUCAGGUUUUUGACAACAGUUCUGAUGCCAUCCCCAUCCACGCCGUCCGCGUGCUUACCUCGAUCAUGAGUCACUCGCCCUCAGCCAAGGAGGUGUUCAAGGAACGGAUCGGCUAUUCCCAUUUGCACGAAGUUCUGAAGAGCCAGACCCAGCCUACCAGGCGGCUCCUGCAGGAACUCCUGAACAUGGCCGUCGAAGGCGACCACAGCGCUUGGCCCGUGCGCCCGAUCCAUAACGAACAGCCGCUCCUGAUUCUCGUCACGUGGAUUCCGGAGCUGAAGUCCCGCGACCUUCAAGUCUUCCUUUCGGACUGGCUCAGAAAGAUCUGCGACGCGUCCCUCCAGAGCCAGACCACGUGUGUGAAGGCCGGGAUGGUCCGCUGUCUCUUGGACGCUCUGUGCGCCGCCCAGCCGGAGCUGGACGAGAAGUGCAGCGAGAAUCUCCUCUACCUGUUGCGGGUGCUGGGAUCCCUCUCCAUCCGGCCGGGCGAACUGAAGCAGCUCCUUCGGCUGCUCCGGACCGAGCCGGGCCAAGGGGCCCAUCCGUACACGGCCCAGGUCAUCCGGGCUCUUUCGGGGAUGGCCCGGAAAGACGGGCCGGAGCGAGCUCUGCACUAUUUCGACCUCACCCCCGGCAUGGCCGGGAUCAUGGUGCCGGCGAUUCAGAAGUGGCCCGGAAGCGGCUUUGCCUUUCACGCCUGGGUGUGCCUUCUUGAAGAGGCCAGGGACCCUUCCGAGGACGCGGGCAGGCUGAAGCGAAAGCAGCUGUACAGCUUCUUCACAGCCAGCGGGACCGGCUUUGAGGCCUUCUUCACCACCGAGGGGAUGCUGGUGGUCGCCGUCUGCACCAAGAAGGAGUAUAUGACUGUCGCCCUGCCCGAGUUUUGUUUCAGUGACGCAGCUUGGCAUUGCGUCGACAUCGUCCACAUUACAGGCCGCCGUCCGUUCGGCCAGAACCUGGUGAAUGUCUACGUGGACGGGCAACUCCGGAAGGUGGCUCAGCUGCGCUGCCCCUCCCUUGGCGAGGCCUUCGCGUCCUGCUGCAUCGGCUCUGCUGGCCACCGGACGACCACCACGUCCACCAUCUACCCCUCUCCAUCUCACUCCCUGGACCUGGGCUUCGCGUCCCACCCCUCGCUGAGCCGCUCUCAGUCUUUCCCGGCUUCGCUGGCGCCCCACGCCUGGACGCCGAUCCCUGCGCAGCCCCCCAAGGAGAGCUUGGUGUCCACCAUCGCCGCGGGCAGCCAAGACACGGAGUGGGGGACGCCCACGUCCCUCGAGGGUCACCUGGGGUCGGUCUCCAUCUUCUACGAGGCACUGCAGCCCAUGCAAGUGAAGUCUCUCUUCUCCUCAGGACCCAACGUUGCCUCCCCCUUCAAGCCCGAUGGGGACUUCCCGGAGCUCAGCAGCAAACUGCUCCUCUAUUAUACGCCGCAGGCCUGCAAAAGCAACAUCUGCUUGGAUCUUUCCCCGAACCACUUCUUUGAUGGGAGGCUGACUGGGCACAAGGUGGUGAACUGGAACGCCAAGGACGUGGUGAAUUGCGUCGGCGGGAUGGGCGUGCUGCUGCCGCUGCUGGACCAGGUGGCCUCGCAGAAGAAGGAGCCGGCCGAUAGCCAGGAGACUCACGACUUGGUUGGCCCGGAGCUGACCUCUUCGCACAACAACGCCCAGGGCAUGAUCAUCCCGCUGGGGAAAUCCUCAGAGAGCAGACUGGAGAGGAACAGCAUCGCGGCCUUCCUGCUCUUGAUGAGGAACUUUAUCCGGGGCCACCCGGUCAACCAGGAGAGCCUGGUCCAAUGCCACGGGCCAUCCAUCAUCGGAGCCCUGCUCCAGAAGGUCUCCAGCCAGGCCAUGGACCUGAACGUCUUGAUGGCAUCUCAGAUCCUCAUGGAACAGGUGGCCUCCGAAGGACACGGCCUCCUUCUGCACCUCCUGUACCAGUACCUCCUCUUUGACUUCCGCAUCUGGAGCAACUGUGACUUUGCCGUCCGACUGGGUCACAUCCAGUACCUGUCCAACAUCAUUAAAGAUCCCAAGCAAAAAAUCCGCAAGAAAUACGGAGUCCAGUACAUCCUGGACUCCAUCAGGACCUAUUACGGGGUGUGCAAGGAGAGGCCUCUGGCCACGGACGACAUCCGGACGGUGCAGACCUCCCUCUUCAGCCUGGUGAAGGAUUUCCUCAGCAGGAACUUUUCCACGGAGGAAAUGCAGAGCUCCCUGAACUAUCUUGCAGCCGUGAAUGAAGAGCACCAGGUGUGCGGCAUGCUGGAGGUGAUCCACAGCCUGCAAAAGAGCUCGCCCUCCCAGGAGCAGGUGUACGCCUUCCUCUUUGAGCCGGGAAACAUCGAGAUCUUGUUCUCACUGCUCGUUCAGCGGAAGUUCUCCGAUGAUGUGCGAGAGAGGAUUUUCAAGAUCCUGCACAAGUUGCUGAAGUACGAGAAAGUGAACGAGAGGAGCAAACACCAGCUGAAGCUGAAGGACAUCGGCUACCAGGGCUUCCUCUCCUCCCUGAACGACAUCCCGGUCUCCAUGCUGCUCUUCCGGUGCCUUUUGGAACAAGUCCUCAGUUCAGAAUCCCCAAACUACCAAGACUUGGUGGCUGUGGUUUAUCUCUCUCACCGAGCAGAACUGGCGGUCCGGCUGGAUGUCUGCAGGAAGCUGUUCCACCUGAUCUACUCCCAGCACGACCCGGUGAAGCAGCUGGCCAAACUGGCCGGCUGGCAGGACACCCUCACGAAGCUCUACGUCAAGGAGUCCUACGAAUCCCGCCAGCACAGCCUGUCCGGCUCCGCCAACGGCGGGGGCGGCUUCGGCCUCCGGAAGGCCUCCGAUCUGCCGGGAGUCAAUGGAGAGAAGGCGCCGGGGGCCGACCCCCACGGCGGGGGCGGCUUCGGCCUCCGGAAGGCCUCCGAUCUGCCGGGAGUCAAUGGAGAGAAGGCGCCGGGGGCCGACCCCACCAGCCCCUCCGCCCUCCGCGACCUGGACGUCUUCCUCCCGCUGGGCUGCGACGCGUCGGACCCGGAGCUUUCGGAAGGCUUCUCCGACCCUUCCUUCUCGCCCACCGGCCAGAGGAGCGAACCUUUCCCCCCGUACGCCUUCAAGCCCUUCGACUCCCUGGACCUGGUCAGCCAUUCUUCGUCUUCCAACAACGUCGACUUCCCGGGGCCCAGAGACGCCCAGGCGGGGGACACGCCCCGGGCCGACCGGGUCUACCACCCCCUCUCUCCCUUCUCCAUGUCCCCCUUCGACCUCGGCUUGGACCUCAGCAGCAGCGGCUCGGUGGCCACCGUCGAGAGCGGCGACCAGACGCCGGUGAGCCUGCCGGAGACCCCGUCGCCCCUGGAGAGCUUCAAGCCGUUCCCCGGGACGCGGGCCAGGAAGAGCUCCAGCCUCUCCAACGUCUUGGACGAGACCAGCUACCAAGAGACCUUGCCCAGCGACACCAUCUCCAACACGAGCAACCCUCAGCAAACCCCGGAGGAAGAGCUGUGCAACCUGCUGACCAACAUCAUCUUUUCCGUCACCUGGCGAGGCGUAGAAGGCUGGGAUGACCCCGCCUGGAAGGAACGGGGGCAGGUCUUCUCCGUCCUCACCAAGCUGGGCUCGGCCUGUGAGCUGGUGCGCCCGCCCGAUGAGAUCAAGCGCAGCCUCCUGGAGAUGAUGAUGGAGUCAGCUCUGACGGACAUCAAGGAAUCCACGCCUGCCAUGUUGCCGAGCCUCACCCAGAACGCUCUGAAGCUGUUGCGCCUCCUUCAGGAUUUCUUGUUUGCUGAAGGACACAACAAUGAGGCCUUGUGGAGCGAGAAGGUCUACGAGGGCGUCAACAGCCUGCUGGACAAGCUGGGCGUCUGGUACCACUUGGCCAACGGCACGUCAGACCUGAAAGAGAUGGCCCAGAUCGGCCUGCGUGUGCUGAUGGGGUAUAUCAUGCUGGAGGAUGUGCAGUUGCAGUCAUUGGCCUACGUGAAGCUCCACAGCCUGCUCCAGACGGCCUCGGCUCCCAAGAAAGAAGAAGCCUGCUACUUACUGGGCAAACUGGAGACGCCUCUCCAGCGCUCCCUGCACGACAAGUCGGAGACCUUCUCCUGGCUGGUGCCCAUCGUCCGCACCUUGAUGGACCAGUGCUAUGACGUGCUGCAACUGCAGCAUUUCCUCCCGUCUCUGCCCCCCACCAACGGCAGCCCGACCUUCUACGAGGACUUCCAGGUGUUCUGCACGACGCCGGAAUGGACGGCGUUUAUCGAGAAGCAGGUGCAGCCCACCAUGCUUCAGUUCGAAACGGACACCUUUGCCAAGAGCCACGACCACAUGUCGAACUUCUGGAACUCCUGCUACGACGCCUUGAUGAGCAGCUCGCAGCGGAGAGAGAAAGAGAAAGUGGAGAGCCGGAGGAAGUUUCAGGAGCACAUCUUGGAACCGGUGAUGAAGCGGGCCAAAUACGAGAACAUCCGGCACACCAACAUGCUGAAGCAAGUCAACAAUCACCACCACACGGUCUUGAAGCAGUGGAGAGGUCUGCGGCGCCUGCUGACGUCCCAGCGCUCUGCGUGGGCUGAGCGAAAUCCUCCAGAGAUACACUGGAAGCUGUCAAACGCGGAGACCUACUCUCGCAUGAGGCUGAAGUUGGUGCCCAAUUACACCUUCGACCGCCACUCGGAGGCGAGCGCUCUUCGCGACAACCAAGGCGCGGACGGCUUGCAUAACUCCGCUGAAUCCAUCCCCUUGGCCGUGGCCAAGGAAGCGAAAGUCAGCGAGAUGCAGGAUGACGAGCUGGACGAGGAGGACCUCUCGUUCCUAGACAGCCACGCGGAACCUAAAGAGCAAAGCCAGAGGGAGAAGCUGGUCAUCUCGGAGGACUGCGAGCUGAUCACCAUCGUGGCCGUGAUCCCGGGGCGACUGGAAGUCACCACCCAGCACAUUUAUUUCUACGACGGAAGCAGCGAGAAGGACGACACCGAGGAAGGGAUCGGCUACGACUUCAAGCGCCCCCUGUCGCAGCUCCGGGAAGUGCAUCUUCGCCGCUACAACCUCCGCCGGUCUGCUUUGGAGUUCUUCUUCAUCGACCAGGCCAAUUACUUCCUCAAUUUCAAGAAAAUGGUGAGGAACAAGGUGUACUUCUCCAUCCUCAGCCUCCGACCGCCGAACCAGAUUUAUUUCGCGAGCCGCUCGCCACAGGAGUUGCUGAAAGCGUCCGGCUUGACUCAGAAAUGGGUUUACAGGGAGAUCUCCAACUUCGAGUACCUCAUGCAGCUAAACACCAUUGCGGGCCGGACCUACAACGAUCUCUCCCAGUACCCUGUGUUUCCGUGGAUCCUGAAAGAUUAUGUCUCCGAGACGCUGGACCUCAGCGACCCUGCCGUGUUCCGGGAUCUUUCCAAGCCGAUUGGGGUGGCGAACGACAGGCACGCGAAGGAUGUCAAGGAGAAAUACGAGAGCUUUGAGGAUCCCACGGGCAUGAUCGACAAGUUCCACUACGGCACCCACUACUCAAACGCCGCGGGCGUCAUGCACUACCUGAUCCGCACCGAACCGUUCACGACCCUGCACAUCCAGCUGCAGAGCGGAAGGUUUGACUGCUCUGACCGCCAGUUCCACUCAGUUCCUGCUGCCUGGCAAGCCCGCAUGGAAAACCCUGUGGACGUGAAGGAGUUAAUCCCAGAAUUCUUCUACUUCACAGACUUCCUGGAGAACCAAAAUGGCUUUGAUCUGGGCAUCCUUCAGAUGUCCAAUGAAAAAGUAGGGGAUGUCGUCCUUCCCAGGUGGGCCAGAUCCCCGGAGGAUUUUAUUCACAAGCACAGAAAAGCCUUGGAAUCCGAAUACGUAUCUGCCCAUCUCCACGAGUGGAUUGAUUUAAUCUUUGGAUAUAAGCAGAGGGGCCCAGCCGCUGUAGAAGCCCUGAAUGUUUUCUACUACUGCACUUACGAAGGGGCUGUGGACUUAGAUGCCAUCGUCGACCCGACCCAACGGAAAGCAUUGGAAGGCAUCAUCAGCAACUUCGGACAGACCCCAUGCCAGCUCCUGAAGGAGCCUCACCCAGCCAGGCUUUCCGCCGAAGACGCCGCCCGGAGACUGUCCCGACUGGACAGUUUUUCCCCCAAUGUGUUUGAGAACCUCGGCCAGCUCAAAUCGUUCUUUGGAGAGAGCAUCAGUGACGGGAUCCCGCUGGUGAAGGCCGUUGUCCCCAAGAACCAAGCCCACUCCUUUAUGACUCAGGGGUCUCCUGAUGUGCUGGUCACCGUCAGCGCCAACGGGCUCCUUGGGACACACGGCUGGCUGCCCUACGAUAAAAAUAUCUCCAACUACUUCAGCUUCACCAAAGAUUCAACGGUCUCCAACUCCAAGACCCAGCGCUACCUGUACGGCCCCUUUGCCCCGGGGGUGGAUGUCUCCUCGAAGACGCUGGCCGUCUCUCACGAUGGGAAACUCCUCUUCAGCGGGGGACACUGGGACAACAGCUUACGGGUCACCUCGCUCAGCAAAGGGAAGGUCGUCGGCCACAUCAGCAGGCACAUCGAUGUCAUCACAUGCCUGGCCUUAGACCUGUGUGGAAUCUACCUCAUUUCUGGGUCCCGGGAUACCACCUGUAUGAUCUGGCAGGUCCUACAGCAGGGUGGCUUCUCUUGUGGCUUGGCCCCAAAGCCCGUCCAGGUCCUCUACGGACACGAUGAAGAAGUCACGUGCGUCGCAAUCAGCACAGAGUUGGACAUGGCUGUCUCAGGGUCAAAGGACGGCACCAUCAUCGUCCACACGAUCCGCCGAGGCCAGUUCAUGAAGUCUCUGAAGCCCCCCGGUGAGAGCUCUUUGCCUGUCACCAUUGCGAACCUCGCUGUGGGUCACGAAGGGCAGAUUGUUGUCCAGACGACGGUGGAGGGGAGGGCCUCCUUGAAGGACAGGUUUGCCCUUCACCUCUACUCCGUCAACGGCAAGCUUCUCUCCUCCCUUCCGCUGGACGAAGAGGUCACCGCCAUGUGCCUCACGGAGGAGUUUGUCGUGCUGGGGACCGUUCAGUGUUCGCUGCAGAUCCGGGACCUUCAGAGCCUCCAGGCCGCCGUUUCCCCUUUGGCCAUGAAGGUCCCCAUCCACAGCGUCUCCGUGACAAAGGAGAAGAGUCACAUCCUGGUGGGCCUGGAGGACGGGAAGCUGAUCGUGGUUGGGGCAGGUCAGCCCUCGGAGGUGAAGACCGGGCAGUUCCACCGGCGGCUGUGGCGCUCGUCACGGCGCAUCUCCCAGGUGUCGUCCGGCGAGACGGAAUACAACCCAACCGAGUCCAAAUAGCCGGAGAGGACCGGCUUUUCCUCCUCCUGAUCUCCGGCAGCCGGGGCUGCUGCACGAGGACGCACGAUGUGCCCGGCCUCCUUUUCUGCUGCUGAUGAUG